CCGCAUAGUGGAGAUUCAGAGGAGACACUGUAAGAAUCACUCUUUCUCAGUUACUGUAUCAGUGCUUUAAAGUGUAUCUAAAAACCCUGAUACUUUUGUUAAUAAUAUCUUAAAAGGAGAACACUUUACAAGGUAACUGCUACAGACAAAAACUCAUUGGAGAUUUCCUUCAGAGCGAGAUUAACUGCACCAUAAACAGCAGUGAAACACUAAAGGAACCCUGGAAGAAAUAACCAUGACGAAAGGAAAGGUGUCUGCCACAACCAAGACUGGAAACGAGUAUCCACCGAGCUACGAGGAGGCUACAGCAGAUUAUGGCGAGAUGCAGGCCCAGUUCUCCUGGGAUGACAAAGUCAUCCGGAGGAUCUUCAUCCGAAAGGUCUACUCCAUCCUGAUGAUCCAACUCUUAGUAUCUGUGUCUAUUGUUUCUAUGUUCACAUUUUGCGCACCAGUGACAUUUUACAUUCAGACCCAUCCUGGACUGUACUUUGUCUCCUACCUUACCUUCUUUGCCACUUACAUUGCGUUGUCCUGCUGUGGGGAACUGAGGAGGCAGUUUCCCUGGAACCUCAUCUUACUGACUAUCUUUACUGUGAGCAUGGCCUCCAUGAUGGGUUUUGUGUCCAGUUUCUACAACACUAAGUCAGUGGUUCUGUGUCUGGGAAUUACUGCUUUGGUGUGUCUGUCAGUCACCAUCUUCAGCUUUCAGACCAAGGUUGAUGUCACUUCCUACCAGGGGGUCCUAUUGGUCCUGUGCAUGGUCAUGCUCUUCUGUGCCAUCACUCUGUCUAUUGUCGUCCCCUUUGGAUAUGUGCCUUGGUUACACGCCAUAUAUGCUGUGAUAGGAGCCAUCUUUUUUACUCUGUUUUUGGCGUUUGACACCCAGCUACUAUUAGGAAGCAAACGUCACACCAUCAGUCCAGAAGAGUACGUAUUUGCCACCCUCAACAUCUACCUGGACAUCAUCUACCUGUUUUCCUUUCUGCUGCAACUGUUUGGUGGAGGCCGUGAUUGAAACACCUGUCACUCGCUCCUAUUUAUCUAUCCUAUCCAUCCCUUCUAUCAAUCUCUACAUCAGUCUUUAACUCCACUCAAAAAUUAAACUAUGUAUUCAUUUUAAUUGCAAUAGCCAUCAAUUCAUCUGCCAAGAUGAGGGCAUGUUUCAACAUUCUGUGAGGUUCCAGCUUUUGCAUCUCUGACCCCUUUUCCACCAAAUGAGCACUGGUUCUUUAACCAGUUCCGUUCAAGAUUCUUGAAACCUUGGUGUGAUCUAGCAAACCACCCCGCUUUUCCACCAGUUUUGAGAAUGACCAAGGAUGCGUCAUCAACGAUGGGCAAGACAACUUUAACGGCAAUUUUUUACCAAGAAAAUAUUACUUAGCUUACUCGUCGUCCCUCAUGAGGCAAAAAGGCUUAGCCUACAGUAUGUACAUUUAAUAGGUUGGAAAUGUGGGCACAUUUAAAGCUGACCGUAACAUCGCAAUUGGCACGAUGACAGACUGUUUCCAAAAAUAAACUUCGCACGCGUAUUUAAAAAACAGAACAAAUAUUGUAAGUUAUUUCAAAUGCAAACACGGCCGUGCAGGCAUGCAUUAUCGCCUACCGAAUAUAGACAAUGGCAUUUUUCCAAGUUACGCACUUUCUAUAGCCUACGCCCACUGAUGUCGUCACGGUUCCACAACUGAAAACCAAUUUUUCACCCCUUUCGAGUCAAUUUGAACCAAUUUUUUGGGGGACGGAAUGCUCCAAAAGGUAAAAGAUUUGCUGGGCGAACCUGAACGGAAUCCGCACCAUAUUGGUGGAAAAGGGGUUUCUGUGACCAGGGUUGUCCAAGGUCACUUGCAAUGUUGGUAUUAGGUUAUUUGAUACCGUUUAUGAACACCAGCCAUAAACAGCAUAGUACGUUAUAAAAAUAUCUCUGUCCGAUACUGCAAUCCUACUGUAACUGUAGCUUUCUGAGUUAUUGAGCCAAACAAGUAAGCGACAGUUGCUGACCAUACUGUUAAAGUAUUCCAAUUGUAAAUACAUCUUAGUAUUCUUAUUAUGUGGAUUCAGGAAAUCUGCACUAUACAACUCAACCGGAUUGAGUUCUGCUUUCAUAUCGCACAGAUUUUAAGACAGUCUCAAGAGAAUUCAUGUUUGUAUCUUAAAACACUACUACUUGCAUCUCAAUAUAAGAGUGGACCAGGUCUUAAACAUUCCUAUGUAUAUAUAUAUAUACAGUAUGCGUGUGUGCAUGAAGUUGAAUUUUCUUUCAAAACUUCAGAUGAUAAGGCAAAAAGAACCACACAAUUUUGGUUAGAAGUGUUAAUAGAAGUGUGAUGUUCAAAAGUUGACCAUAGUUGCACAUUAGAAUAAAAGUUAGUUGCAAGUUCUAUUGUAACUUUAAUACAGAUUGUGGCCUUUGGAUUGGGCUUGUGUAACAAUGUUGCAACAAUGCAACAACCUUCUAUUCCAAUACUUAUUUUGAAAUCAGUGUGAAAGCCGGGAGUGAAGAGAUUCCCUUGUGAUGUUAUAAAUGAUAACUUUGUUUCAAACAUUAGGAUUCAGAUGUAGAAAUAAACAAUGCAUGAGGUGGGGAAAAUAUUAUGUUUGGUUUGAUUUCUUCCUCCUAUAGUAGAGCAUAUUUAUGAAACUGUAGUACAACCAUUAAAAACAAGGCUUUUAUUUAAAAAAGAAAAUCAACAUAUUCAAGUUCAAAGAGUAAAACCAAGAAAGAAGGAAAAUAUUUAUCUCUGAAUAAAAAACUGAAGUUAGCAGAAUUUAACAAUUCUGGCAGAGACAAAAGUUGCCAAGUGGCUAACCAGCUCAUUAGCAAACAAACCAAAUAUCAAAACCACUGUCCUCCAACAAACUGUACAAAUGAGUUUUUUAUAAAUAAGAAAAAUGUUUUCUAGCAGUGUCAGAUAGGCCAACUGAAUGUUCAACUUCAAAGGCAACCAACUUGAUAUUAUAUUUGACUACAAAUGAGAUUUUUUGAGAGUACCAGUUUGCAAUGAAUUUAAUCUCUGAUUUUGUAAAUUAUUACUGUACUACAAAUUACAUAACCAAAUAACUAACCAGCAACAUCAAUGGAUUUGUUUCCAUGUGUCAUAGGCCUAAUGUUAUAGUGUUAAAACUUAAAACUUAAAUUGUUCGAUAAAGUGAAUCAAGUUUCUAAAGGAAGACAUGUUGGAACAUUCAGAGUGGCCAUCAUCUUACAAACUGCAUGGACAUCCCGUUUUAGCAGCAUAACAUUUUGAAACUAUGAAAUAAGCCAUCAAAGCUACAUGAUCUGGACUUAAAGGGAGGACAUGAGGAUUUUUGCAUUAGGAUUUGCAUUGUUUUUAAGAAUUGCAUUGGCAUGGAUAAGUGCACAACGAAAGAUCAGAUAAAUAUUAUGUUUGAAAUCCCCCUGGUUUUCAAGUCCUACAAAAAGCUUCUGACUUUGAUACCUCCUUCCAUGAAAAUGUCAUAUCACACACCAAUGUUAAGAUUAAAUUGGUUAAAGAGAAGUUCAUAAUAGAACAUGGAACAUCAAUUUGCAAUACUGGGAAAGCUGCAUAAGAACUGGUCAUUUCAUAGUUUCAAAAUAAAUUUAUGUUUAAUGUUAUGGCUGAUACAUGAAAUAUCAGUUACCAUGAAUACAUAAAAUUAUCCUUAUUUUCCUUCAUGAUGUGGUGGACUGAAUGUGAAACUUGCUUGUGAUAAUUCUUGUGUUACUGUAUCUGGACAGAUCAUGAAACAUCAACAAAAUAUAGUUGAUAAAGUAGAGACAAAUAAAAUUACAAACAUCUUGACAUGUAUAGAAUACAAGAGAACAGAAGGGAGUCUAAUAUUUACAGAGAUUGCAAAUGCUGAACUCUCCAUUUUGACACUAUAAAGCAUGAGAACCAUUUCCCGCAGAUUUUUACAAUGUGGUUUUAAAUGAACAUCUUAAACAUUCAUUCAACAAAACCACGUUAUGAGAGGAAUGUCACUCAAUGUCCCAUUAGUUUCCUGUAACUUUAAAAAAUAAAAAGGUCUUACAUCAACAUAGAGCUACAGAAAAGAGAUAUAUAUGUCCGUGGACUGAGAUCAGCAUUUUACUAUGUAAUAAACUGACAGAAAGCUCUGCUGACAGGUUGAUGGCUUGAUCAUCUUUGGUUGCAGAUAUAAAUAACAAACAAACCUGGAUGAAGGAGACCGAAUGCUGAGCUAGAGGUGCAAAGAUGAACACAAUAUUGUGAAUAGUUAGAAAAAUGUGACAUCCAGCAUAAACCAUUAAAACUAUGGUUUGUAAAACUACGACUGCUUAAGAAUAGGAAGCUCAACCCUCGAUUACUUCUGAUGGCCCUAAACCUUUUAAAUGGCCUUUUGCCACACUUAUUCAAUUAAUUUAUCAAGGAGUUUUUCAUUUUCACAAAUGUAUUUAAAUGUGUUUCAAACUAUUCAAUAAUUGGAUAAUGCACACAUUCACAGUGUCUAUUUUGUUGGAAAGGGCAUUCAUAUGCUUUCUCAGCUUCUGAAUAUGAUUAUAUACCGCAUGCAAUGAAAUAGUUGGGCUAGUGGAAGUGGACUUAAAGACUUUCUGUUAGGCCGGUAAAAAUAUAAUGAUUAACAACACAGUGCUCUGGAACGGAAAUUAACAUAGGAUAAAGCAAGCAAAACAUAAUGUUGCAGUUUGCAUGGACCACGUGCAAAUGCACAAACUCAACAUCAUAUAAAAUGCACUGAA